GAAUCGAGCAAAGAAGACACCGAUCAUUUAAAAGCUAAGCUUCACCUCUGUCUCCGUCAUGGUUAUGUGACUUCGCUUGAAGGAAUGGAAUAUCUGUCAUGUCCAGGAUCUCUACAAUUAUAAACUCACCAAAGCGUAUGGUUUAAUAAACUACUCUUUUUCUAGUCAUUUGUCCUUAUUCCAAGGUUGUCUAAGCUGUGAAUGUGCUUCACCUAGUCUUCUAUUAUUCCCUACUAUUCUCCCUUCCGUCAUACGAUCUACGAGAUAGGCCAUGCACACCUUCAAUCUUAACCCCGCCACGGCCAUCGCCGCCGUGGCUUUCCUCUCAGCCCUACCAACUGCGCAAGCUGGCCUCUACCUCAAGAGCUCACCCGUGACCCAAGUUGAUGCGAAGAAUUUCGACCGGAUUAUCAAUAAGUCAAACCAUACUUCUGUUGUCGAAUUCUACGCACCAUGGUGUGGCCACUGCCAAAACCUCAAACCCGCCUACGAGAAAGCAGCCAAGAACCUCGAGGGCCUGGCCCAUGUCGCUGCCGUAAAUUGCGACGAGGAUGAGAACAAGCAACUAUGCGGCAUGAUGGGCGUCAAGGGGUUUCCGACCCUUAAAACCGUGCGCCCGGGCAAAAAGGGGAAGCCGAUCGUGGAAGAUUACAAUGGUCCUCGGACAGCGAAGGGCAUCGUAGAUGCUGUCGUCGAGAAGAUCAACAACCACGUCAAGCGCGUAACGGAUAAGGACAUCGAUUCCUUCCUAUCGACCAACAACGAUACGGCAAAGGCUAUACUAUUUACCGACAAGGGCACCACCAGCGCUUUGCUAAAGAGCAUCGCGAUCGACUUCCUCGACGUAAUCAGCAUCGCACAGAUCCGGGACAAGGAGACCAAGGCCAACGAGUUGUUCGGUAUUAAGUCUUACCCAACCUUGGUACUGUUGCCAGGGGGUGAUAAGGAGAGUGUGGUGUAUGAUGGAGAGUUGAAGAAAGAUGCCAUGGUCAAGUUCCUGUCACAAGCUGGCGAGCCAAACCCGGACCCAGCACCUAGUAAGGCGAAAGGAGAAAAGAAGGGUGACAAAAAGUCAGAGAAAAAGGACAAGAAGGCCUCUUCUAAAUCUUCCGGUUCAAGCUCCGAGACCACAUCGACGGAAUCAACUGAUUCAACCGAUGCCCCUACUGAAAAGCCUGUCGAGGUUGCGCCACCUAUCCCAGCUAUCACCGAAGCAGCCAAGUUAACCAAGGAAUGCUUAAACAACAAAGCGCAUACCUGCGUUCUCGCUUUCGUACCCUCUGCCCACGGAGAGACUGCUGAGAAAGCUCUAACCAGUCUCGCCGAGUUAGCGGCCAAGCACGCUCACGCGCAACGCCACUUAUUCCCCUUCUUCGAGGUCCAUAAUGAUAACGAGGUCACCUCAUCGGUUUUCAAGAGCCUGGAGCUCUCUGGAGAGGUCGAGAUCAUCGCUAUCAACGGUAAGAGGGGAUGGUGGCGCCACUACGAGGGCGAUUUUACCCCCGAAAGCGUAGAGAGUUGGAUCGAUGCUAUCCGUCUAAGUGAAGGCACUAAGAAGAAGGUCCCAGCCGGCGUAAUUACCGAGGCAGUAGAAGAGAAACCGGCUGAGACGGUGGAAGUCAAGGUUGAGGAGUCUGUUAAGGUGGAAGUCGAGCCUGAAUCCGAAUCACCUUCUAAAGGUGCGGAGCCGACUCCCGAAGCCACGAAGGAAGCUCCAAAACACGAAGAGCUCUAGAUAAAUGGCUAGUAUCUAGAGUUAGUAUAGUGCUAGGCAAUGUUUUUCGAUUGAUAUGAAUACCUAAGUGAUAAUAAAAAUCAAAUUCUCAUUUUAUGAAGAGGAUCGACUUACUCGUAAGUAAAUGAGUCUUCGUCUUUGACCGUAA